AUGCCCUUCCUGAACAAACUAAGACACCUGCCGACCUUGCUGCAGAGAAAAGGGGCGUCUAGCUGGCUUACGUUCAUUCCAGUUAAAGACGUGGACUUUACUCUAACUAAGGGAGAAUUCAAAGACGCCAUUCAUUUGAGAUAUGAUUGGCAAAUAAGCGAAACCCCGUCUAGUUGUGCGUGUGGAGUUGUUUUCGAUGUAGACCACGCCAUGGUAUGCAGACAAGGAGGCUUCAUCAUUCAAAGGCAUAACGAGCUGCGUGAUUUGGAAGCCCAAAUGUUAAAGAUAGUAUUGAAUGACGUCCAAAUUGAACUGGUACUUCAGCAGAUAAAAGGAGAGGUACUGAAACCUAGUACGAAC